CAGUUCUCUCUUCGCAGUGAUGUUGAUUGAAAGCCUGGGCGGGUGCCUAGGGUCGCCAGCCUCUGGGUCCACCCCUGACUGACCACGCAAGAAAACAAAAAUGGGUUCGCUUGUCUUUAAAAAAAAAAAUGGGUUCACUUGUCUGCAUCUGCAAGAAUAUGCUGCGUUCACUUUUUUUAAGGCAAACCACUUGAGGGGUUUACAUACACGCCGUGCCCAAAUGGCUAAUACUGUGGAUUUAAUACUAUAGUUGAGUGCAAAUCUUUGAUCUGAUAUACUUGUUAGAUUUAUAAAAAAAUUCCCCUACUAAUUAUCUAAUUUAUUUUAAGAUUCAUAAUAAUGUUCCAAAAAAUGGUGCCAAAGCACACCCAGCAAAAAUUAUGGUGUAGUUUAUCCGCUGUUGCAAGAACCACGUGCUAAAACAUCGUUGUGGAUUUGUUAUCUGCCGAAAAUGCGAAGCGAGAAUUGUGGUGGAAGCACACGCAUGCCAAGCCCACUGGUGAGAAACCUUUCCACCAGCUAUAGUUCCCCAUGUUCUUCACGGGUUGUAGGCUUUUCUUUCUCAGUUCUCUGUGUGACUACGUCUGUUUCAACUCUCUGCAUCUGCAAGCAGGUCUCUUUUGCCAGGUUAUCACAGAGCACAUGACCUUGUAUACGUGUUUAUUUAAGUCUAAAAUGGAAAUUCAGGGAUGAAUUUUCUACCGCUGUCCUACUCGGCAGAAUUUAAAUUGGAAAAUUUAAACACACGCAUGGUUCAGCGACUGAACUUGUGAUCCUGACAAGAUGACAAUGCAGUUAGUUCUUGCACGAUUUGACGAUAAGAGGGGGCCAUAAAAUAUGCAGGUCUGCAACUCUGCAUACUACCUGUAAACCACAUCUUUCAGUAGUGCACGAUCCACUAGCUACUCCACUACGAUCACCAAAUGGCUAUAGUAAAUGGAUGAUAGGGAGUAGCACAAGCUCAAUGACGCUAUAUAACGAGCUAUCAGAUCACAAAGGACUGCCACAAUCAGAAUUGUUCCUGACCGAUAAAUCGCACUGAUCAGAGGUUCAGAGAGCUGACCAUGGCAGCAUCAGAAAUGGCGGCUCUUCUCUUUCUGUUCACUGCUCUGAUUCUGCUGAGAAGUUCCUUUGUUCAUAGCCAAGGGCUGCAGAUCGGAUUCUACGACUCCUACUGUCCUGACGCCGAGGAUAUCGUGAGGUCGACUGUCGAGCAGUACUACGUCAAGGAUGCCACCAUCGCCCCAGCCCUGCUCAGACUCCAUUUCCACGACUGCUUCGUUCAGGGGUGCGAUGCAUCGGUCUUGAUCUCUGGAGCGUCCUCCGAAAGGAGUGCGCCGCAGAAUUUUGGUCUGAGGGGGUUUGAGGUGAUAGAUGACGCUAAAUCUCAGCUGGAAGCCGUGUGCCCUGGGGUGGUGUCCUGCGCUGAUAUACUGGCUCUCGCCGCACGUGAUACUGUUGAUCUGACUGGUGGACCAAGCUGGUCAGUGCCACUGGGGAGAAGGGACGGCAGAAUUUCACUAGCUUCUGGUGCUAAUGCCUUGCCUUCUCCUGCCGAUCCUGUAUCUGUUCAGAGACAGAAGUUUGCUGACCAGGGCCUGUCAGACCAUGAUCUCGUAACUGAUGCCCAUCACCGCGCCCACACUAUCGGGCAGACGGACUGCCAGUUCUUCAGCUACCGUCUGUUCAACUUCACGGCGACGGGCAACGCGGACCCGACCAUCAGCCAGGCGUUCCUGCCGCAGCUCCGGGCGUUGUGCCCGCCCGGCGGCGACCCGGGGCGGCGGGUGGCGCUGGACAAGGACAGCCCCGGCGUGUUCGACGUGAGCUUCUUCAAGAACGUCCGGGACGGGAGCCCUGUAACAUCUAGCCUCGCGGACAGUCCGCUAUGGAGCGGCGGACGGUCCGUCAGGCAACACCCAAAUAUAUUUAUCUGGAUGUAGAACCCGCCUGUCAUAUCCUCCUCUUCCCUCCUCACGUCGACCAGAGACCAGCGGAGCUCUAGGGAGCGACGGACGGUCCGCCAGCCAAUACCCAGAUAUAUUUAUUUGAAUAUAGGACCCGCCUGUCA